GUCGCUUCCCUGUCACGUGAUCUCCUCGUCCGUCACGUGGGUCAGCUGAUCGCAGGAAGAAGAUGUCACCGAGGAGCUCUUUAAGGAUGGAGGCUGUUCUCGCCGUAACGCUGGUCGUCGCCAUUGCAGGUGUCCGUGGAGACAGCUUGACCGUGCUGCAGGCUCCAGAGUUUUUGUCUUUUCAGAAAGGGGACUGGCCCCUUUCUGGAGAGAAGAUCCCAGACCUGGUGGCUCUAACUAUGGGUUUCUCUGUAGAAGAGGAUCUGUCUUGGCCGGGCCUCCAGGCUGGUCCGCUGUUCCAGCGACCCCGGGCUAACGUCCUGGUGGUCGUGAGGGGAGUUGACAGCCUGGAUUUGCCUCAGAGUGUCGCUUCUUACCCCUUGGAGAACCCGGUGCCCUUCACUCUGGACAGUGUUGCAGAGACCGUACACUCCAUGUUUGCCGAGUACACUCCCGUGGUGCUUCAGCUGGCCCCCAGUGAGGAGAGACUUUACAUGCUUGGCAAAGCUAAUGCCGUGUUUGAGGACCUGCCAGUCACCCUGCAGCAGAUCCGCGCUCGUCUGUCCCAGGACGGCUCAGUGCUCACUUCUUUUCCCCUCAACUCCCUCAGCAGAAACGCAGAGGCGGAUUUACUCUUCCUGUCUGAGGUGCAAGUGCUGCAUGAUAUCACAGCUCUGCUGCAGAGACACCGACACCUGGCCAAGGACAACUCCCCUGACCUGUACUCGCUGGAGCUCUCCGGGCUGGAGGAGCUGAGCCGCCUCUACGGCAAAGACUCUCCUCAGUACCGGGAUGCCACAUCCAUCCUCGCUUCUGUCCUUCAGAAGUUUGGAGAGGACAUGUAUCGUCUCUAUGGCAACAGUGCUGCUGUGGAGGUUGUCACCGUGAAAACAUUUGAAGCUCCUCUGACCAGGAAGUCUCGCUCAAUCCUGGAAUCUAAGCAGAUUAGUAACCCUGGCAGCCCGUACAACCUGGCCUACAAGUACAACUUUGAGUACGCCGUGAUCUUCAACAUCGUGCUGUGGCUGAUGAUCGUGCUGGUCCUCGCCGUCAUCGCCAUUGCUUAUAACCUGUGGAACAUGGACCCAGGUUACGACAGCAUCAUCUACAGGAUGACCAAUCAGAAGAUCAGGAUGGAUUAAGUUCUCAUCAUCAUCGCCGUUUUCCCUCAACACGAGCCUGGAGUAAAUGUUUGUGUGUUGUGUCAGCCUUUCUUUUGUGAACAAAAAACACAAAACAGUUAAUAUAAUACAAAAAAAGCUGUGAUUCAUUGGAGUAAAAAACUCAAUAUUAGUGGGGUUUAUUCCCUUUAUUUUCACAGCUCACAUCAUUCCUUAUAACUUGAACUCCUUAAAUUUGCUUCACCUGAUCACCCUGCUGAUUUCAACAGUGUUCUUUUUUUUGUUAUUUACAGAAGAAGUGAUGAUACGUUUAUGAGAGAAAAUGUAUUCGGCUACUAUGUCGUGCUUGGUUUUUGUGUGAUACUGUUUAAGUUAAAUACAUAUGUGUAUAUAUUGAAGAUACAGAUACAAAAGUAUGAGGAACUGCUGUUGUCUUAUUGUGAAAAGUGUGUAAAAUGUCAAGGUUGGUUUCACUCUAAUUCCAUUCCAAAUGACUACAUUUUGUUGCAAGGAAACUUGAUCAUAAUGUUUGUUGUUAUGGGUGUAAGAAGAAAAAAGUGGAGCUAUGUAAAUCGCAAUAAAAAUUAAAUCCGAAAUUGACAACCUU